AUGGCGACGGGAACAGACCCGGCAAAACGACUACGAUUCGACCUCUUCACUGAGCAUGUCGACAACACACAUAGUGAAGCCUGCUACCAAAUGGCAUUCAACACAUUCGAUUCUUUCCCUACCUCCCUACCAAACCUACGAAUCGGCAAAUCAGUUGAGACAAAGGAUGGAAUGGAGGAUGGACUUGAUGGCAAGAGCAUGGGAGACACAGGGCAAAUCUACAGUGAAGCUCCCAGGCCAGGCUGCCAAAAGGUGUUGGAGGUGAAUGCAUGCGUUGGAUUUUCUUCAAUUCUACCGAAGGACUAUGGCAAGAAGGACUAUGGCAAGAAGACUGGGCAAGGAGAAGAACUCGGAGAAUCUUGCUGGCACGCAGGCAAGAUGUGGACUACAUCUCCGGGAUCUCUGCAGGGUAACAUGGCAGGCAUGGCACAGUCAAGACCAGCAUGCGGCCCGGCAAUACCACUACACCUCGGCAAAUCUUCUCCAGUCAAGGCCUACAGGGACUAUGGAUGUUUGGAGACACAAGGCAAGCAAUGGGCGUGCAUCUCCGGUCUACCAGCCAUGGGGGCCAUGGCUAUUUGA